AGGGACUGGCAGAAACGGACCAAUCCUGGAGCCAGGCUGAGGGCGGGGGCAGAGACAGAUGGCUAGGGGACGCCGGGUUGGAGCUGGCCUGUGGGAAGCUUGGUUGCUGCGGCUACACGGGUCUGGGGUCCGGUCGCCAGAGUGUUCUUCUGGUUUAUGAAGCAUGAGUGUAUCUGGGAACCAAAGUACAGAAAACCUAAGGAUGUAAAUAGUGCCCUCACACCACAGAUUCCACUCACAUGUGCAAGGCUUCUAUAGGCUUGGAAGGACAUGUCAUCAGUAGACAGGCAAGUAUCUGCAAAAAAUCCUCCCAGGCUUGAGGGGAGACAUGAGCCGUUUCCUGAAUGUGUUAAGGAGCUGGCUGGUUAUGGUGUCCAUCAUAGCCAUGGGGAACACACUACAGAGCUUCCGAGACCACACCUUCCUAUAUGAGAAGCUCUACACUGGCAAGCCCAACCUCGUGAAUGGCCUCCAAGCUCGGACCUUUGGGAUCUGGACGCUGCUCUCCUCAGUGAUUCGCUGCCUCUGUGCCAUUGACAUUCACAACAAGACGCUCUAUCACAUCACACUCUGGACCUUCCUGCUCGCCCUGGGACAUUUCCUCUCUGAGCUGUUUGUAUACGGAACUGCAGCUCCCACGAUUGGCGUCCUGGCACCCCUGAUGGUGGCAAGUUUCUCCAUCCUGGGCAUGCUCGUGGGGCUUCGGUACCUAGAAGCAGAACCAGUAUCCAGACAGAAGAAGAGAAAUUGAGGCUGGCAUCACCACCUCCAAGACUUCGUCAUCUUCCACCUCUUCUGUCUUCUUGCUCCAUUGUCUCUGCUCUUUAAUUUCUUCUUUCCUGUUCCAUCAUCAGCCCCUUUAUUCACUGGUAGCUUAUUUUUUUUAUACAGAAAGGUAUAUAACAUGUAUGUUCAAUUUAAAGAAUAAUUUUAGGGUGAAUUCUCUAACUCCGUCCAAGUCAAGAAACUGCCAGCUCCUCAGAAGCCCACCGUGUCCUUUCCCCGCCUGCAGCCUUUCCAGCCUCCUGCGCCCUCUGCCCCGUCUGUUUUCAUUCCUUGAUUUGACUUGUGUGGUGAGAACACAUGAACUAUGAACUUAAACUUGCUGCCCACCCAGAGCAGCUGUGACCAAGGGCUGCUUUAAGGGGUUGUCCACGCAGGCUGGCCUCCUUCCUGCUGUUGAACCCAAGACUCUGAACCUUCCAAGGGACAGGCAGUUCUUCUAAGAAGGGCUUCCCUGUGCAUGAGCAAGACCACUGUUCUCCUAUCUCUGCCUGGAGGACUGGAAGCGUCUGGGCUAUUUUUAGAUCUUCUGGUCAGCUUGUAUUUGUGUAACAAAUUUUGUAAUAAAUAGAAAAACUCUCUCCUUUG